CAGUGGUUUUUCUACUGCAAGCAAAUUAAAUGCUCGAACCACUUAUGGGUGUGAUGGAGAGUGAUGUUCACAAACUUUUGGCCAUAUUGGGUAAAUAGGUCUGCUAUGCAUUAGAAUCAGAGCAGAAGUAGCAGAGGAGUGAGGAUGGAGUAUUUGUGCAUUUGUGUUAGCGGUAGCCCCGCCCACAACACAAGGUGCGCCGCCCCCUCGGCAGGUGCGUUAUCACACCACGGUGCGGUCUCGUGGUCGAGUGCAGUCCGAAGCAGUGUUCCGCAGCUGUGCUCUGCUCAGCUCCGCCGCGUUUCCCCGAGCUGCGAGGACCUCCUCGCCACCGGCUUCAUGUUUGCUGACAUGGUGUCGCAGUUGACGUCUCUUCAGCAGGAGUUACUGAGCGCCUUGUUGGACUCGGGACUGACCAAGGAUGAGCUCGUGCAGGCGCUGCACGACCUAGAGCCGCGUCCGCCAGGCUUCCCUAUCAAAACCGAGAAGCCCUUAUCCCCAGCCAGCGCUAACGGUGCCAGCGAUACGGAGUCCAAGCCGGUGUAUAUGACCCUGCAAGCCAGAGGGAGUAAAGGGUCCGGGGACGAAGGCUCAGAGUCCGGGGAGGACUUCGACACGCCGCCCAUCCUCAGAGAACUGCAGGCGCUCAACACCGAGGAGGCGAACGAGCAGCGCGCCAUGGUGGAGCGCAUGCUGGCUGAGGAUCCGUGGCGCGCAGCCCGCACUAUUAAAGGCUACAUGCAGCAGCACAACAUUCCUCAGCGCGAGGUGGUGGACGUGACAGGACUGAAUCAGUCUCACCUCUCGCAGCACCUGAACAAAGGAACGCCCAUGAAAACAACCAAACGAGCCUCGCUCUACGCCUGGUAUGUCCAGAAACAACGAGAGAUUGACCGGCAGUUUGACCGUGUUCAGGGCUCCAGUGACUCGGGCAGUCAGGAUCAGGUCCUGUUUUUUUUCCCAGAAUUCCACCACAGCGGGCAGAACGUGGGCUCAGCGUCAGGGACGCUCGCGGACGAAGGCGUGCCGGGUUCAAAAAGACUGAGGCGGAACCGCUUCAAAUGGGGCCCGGCGUCUCAGGAGAUCUUGUACAAGGCCUACGAGAGGCAGAAGAACCCCAGCAAAGAGGAGAGAGAAGCGCUGGUGGAGGAAUGCAACAGGGCCGAGUGUGUACAGAGGGGUGUGUCACCCUCUAAAGCUCACGGUCUCGGCUCUAACCUGGUCACAGAAGUUCGCGUCUAUAACUGGUUCGCUAACCGGCGCAAAGAAGAAGCUUUCCGACAGAAGCUGGCUAUGGACACGUAUCCUGUUCACAGCCUGAACCCCUUACUGCCUCCCACACACAGCCAGCACCAUCACAGCAGCCCAGAUACGAAACUCAGAUACAGCCAACCGGGAUGCAGUGAUGUCACUUCCUCAACGAGCAUCGGUCACCAUGGCAACAGCCACUCGGUGUUACAGCAGGUGUCUCCACCUGGCCUGGACCCCUGUCACAGCUUGUUGUCCCCUGAAGCCAAGAUGAUUUCGGCCUCGGGUGGAGUCUUGCCCCCUGUGAGCACUCUGACUAACAUCCACAGUCUGUCCCAGUCCUCACACCAUCACCAGCAGGCCCAGAGUCUCAUCAUGACCCUCGCUGCUCAGAUGCCCUUUGCAGGCUUGGUGACAUGGCACAGGUGUGAAAAUACUUCCUCGGCAGCUAAGCGACAAGAGUGCCUUACCGCAGUAGCCUUGACGACCUCUCAAGCCAAAGCACCAUUAAGAAGAGCACUGCGAUCGCAAUAAACCACUAAAGAACACUACAGGAAUCGUUAUUUCAGGCAAGAGGGAUGAAAGCGCUGGAAAACAUUUGGAGAACUGACUCUACGGCAUAACAUAUGCUUGUUAAGGGCUCCGACGUGGCAUCACGGCAUUUCCCAUCCAAAAUGUAAACGUCAGAGUGAACGCGCGACCUCUGCAUCCGAUUAGCUGUCUGACGAACUAUUGAACGUAGAAUUUGCAUAGAUCUACACCGGGUACGGCAAUCACGGACUCUCUGGUACGGCGUGAACUCCUUUCGCUCGACGAAUGCUGCAUCAAUCGCCUCAGUGUAAAUAGUCCAAGACUAUAAUUCCUAUAAUUUCAGGUCGAAAGUGAAAUCGAGAUGGAGCGUGAGGUCAAGCAAGAGAGAAUAAUGGUCAGACUGCGUAGUAGUACAAUUCUGAUAUUAUAGAGACAAUGAGUUCUGUAUAAUUAAAUCCCAUUUAUUUUAUUUCA